UAACCCUUUACUCUCUCGACUCCCCAUAUUGAACACACGUGUGGAAACAACAACAGCAUGGCAAGCCAGGGACUCACUUACGAUGGUUGUAAUUUUUUCAGACAACGACUAGUGUUGUCAACUCUAAGUGGCAAAAGAGUCAAAAUCAGAAACAUACGAUCUAAAGACGAUAACCCAGGACUUAGAGAUUUUGAAGCCAGCUUCAUCCGGCUUCUGGACAAGAUAACCAAUGGGACCAGAAUAGAAAUCAACCAAACAGGUACGGUACUGUUCUACCAGCCGGGCCUGCUCUACGGUGGUGUGGUGGAACAUGAGUGUAACACCCAGCGGUCUGUGGGUUACUACCUGGAAGCUCUACUCAUGCUGGCUCCCUUCAUGAAGAACCCUCUGAAGGCUGUGCUGAAGGGGGUCACCAAUGACCCUACUGACCCCUCGGUUGACCAACUCAAGUAUACGUCCAUUCCUGUGAUGAAGAGGUUUGGGAUUGAUGGAGAGGGGCUGGAACUGAAGGUAGUGAAAAGGGGGAUGGCUCCAGGUGGGGGAGGUGAGGUACUGUUUACGUGUCCCGUUCGCAAGACUCUCCGUCCCAUCCAACUGUCAGAGCCUGGCAAGAUCAAGCGGAUCAGAGGAAUAGCAUACUCUGUUAGAGUCUCUCCACAGAUGGCCAACAGAAUAGUGGACUCUGCCAGAAGCAUACUGAAUAAAUUCAUUCCUGAUAUCUACAUCUACACAGACCACAUGAAGGGGGACAAGUCUGGAAAGUCUCCGGGCUUCGGCCUGACCUUGGUGGCUGAGACCCUGAACGGGACGUUCCUUAGUGCAGAGCAGGUGUCCACCCCCCAGGGGCAGGGAGACCCUGUGCUGCCUGAGGACCUGGGAAGAAACUGUGCCAAGCUACUGCUGGAGGAGAUCUACAGGGGCGGCUGCAUCGACUCAGCCAAUCAAAGCCUGGCUCUCGUGUACAUGACCUUGGGUCAACAAGAUGUAUCUAAAGUGCUGCUCGGCCACCUCUCUCCAUACACGAUUGAGUUCCUCAGACACAUGAGAGACUUCUUCCAGAUGAUGUUCAAGAUCGAGACUCAAAAACCAGCGGAGGAUGAGAGGAAAGGAGGAGACAAAGUACUGAUGACCUGUGUUGGAGCCGGCUAUACCAACAUCAGCAAAUCAAUCAAAUAAAGACUGUACAGUAUUUUUC